AUGGUGGACAUCACCUUCCGCUGCCAAAUCAAGUACCAAGAGGACAAACCAGUGACCAUUGCUGCAGACCUGGUUGAAGAGCACCAAGGCCAAAAAUUCUUGAAGUUCAGAGCCACUAACUACUCCAUUUGCCAAUUGGUAUGUGGUGGCAAGCUGCCCAAGAACCCCAGUUUGUCCAAGAGCAAGGAAUUGCAAGCUUUGAUCCAAGCCAGGAAUGAGAAGAUCCAAGAAUAUUUAGCAGCACCACAAGAUCCCCAAGAAGGCCAAGAAUUGUUUGGUGAACAGAAGCCAAGCACCAAGAAAAGAAAAGCCCAUACCAUGGAAGAACUUGGCAACUUUGUGGUAACCAUCCAGUUGGGUUCCACUGAGAUUCCAUGCUUGGCUGGUGGCCAAAGGCCUUCCAAGUGGGAUUUGUAUGUUGCCAUGGAGCCAGAGCCAUUGAGGCAAGUCAUUGGCCAUUUGAGAGCUGGCUGCCAAGCUGCAUUGCAGGAACCCACCAGGGGUUACAAAGGCACAAAGAAAGACUGGGUUGCCAAGCCUUUCCUGCAACCAGCCAUGGUGGACAAAGUGGCUGCCCAAGUGAAAGCCAUGAUGGAUGGCCCCUUGACCAUCAACCAGAAAGUCAACCAGGUCAUUGACCUGUUGGAAGCCCAUGGGUUGGCCCACAAAGUGGCCCUCAGACCAUCACAGAUUCUAUGCCACCCUGACAACAGGGGUGGGACCAUGGUGUCCUACCAUGAUGCUUGGAGCAAGGGCAUGGCCAUGCUGGCUGUUGGAAUCCAGACCAACCUUUUGCAGGGUUCCAUGGCCAUAGAGAUGUCCAAAGAUGAAGCCAAAAGAAAGGUCCAGAUAUCCAAGAAUGAGCAAUUGUUCCAGGAAGGCAUUGGGCACCUUGCACCUCUCACUGGCCAGGAACGUUCCUUGGUUGUUGCAAAUGACCCAUAUGAAGCCACCAUGCUGCAACAGAAACCAGCAGCCAUGGCAGAGACAGUGGACCCAGAGGCAACCACCAGUGAUUCCAGCGAGUCCAACAAGGCCAGUUUGCCAGAGGGCCCAGCUAUGCCCAAAGCCAAGGAAUCCAUCAAGUUGGAGCCAGAUUCCUCAAAGGAGAUUCCAGUGAGGCUUGUCACUGACCAGGAGUUGCUGGACAGCUACCAAAGAUUGCAUACCAGGUCCAGCUCUUGCACCAAGAAGGCCUUUGCACAGUGGCAACAAGGCACUGCCCCAUGUGUUCUCUACCACCUCUUUACCAGCUUGGCCACAGAAUGCUUUGAUUGCUAUGGCUUCUUUGAAAAGUAUUUCCAGUGUUGGGAAUACCCCAAAGGUUUGGCUGUGGAAGCAGUAGAUGCUUUUUUGGCCAUGUCAGAAGUCAUAGACCAAUGCCAUGGUGGUGUGCAAUGGAAAGCUACCACAUGGCAUUCCUUGUUGAGUGCUGUGGAAAGAGCAAAUGCAGCAUUUGAGGUUGCUUGGCCAGAAGAAACCAUGAUCAAGAAAUGGCAUUGGCAUUUGCAUCUACCAGAUGCAUUGUCCAGAUUUUCCAAUCUCCCAAGCUGUUUCACAGCAGAACGGAAACACAAAAGCAUUUCAGCUUUGGCAACCAAAUUGCAGAAAACCACCAGUUAUGAAAAGCACCUCCUGCAGCAAGUGCUUUCCAAUGAAAUUUGCACUUUACAGCACCCAGAAUUAUUUCCCAAAGUUUGCCACAUGUGGAAACCAAAGCCUGCCACCCAACAGGUCCAAGAGGCCAUGGCACCUUUUCUGAACCAACCUUGCCUUCAAGCACAAAGCUCCACUGUUGCCAUAUUGGCCAGGGGUGGGCAAGUUUCAGGUGGAGAUGCCAUCAUUUUUGCAGAAGGCCAUGACCCCAGCAAAUGGAAAGUUGCACUUGCCAUCAAGCAUGUCCAAGUCUUUGGCUUGCAAACCACUUUGGCCCAACUGUGGCCCAUACAGACAAUGGAACAAUACCAUGCCAAAUGCAAGGUGACAGCCUCCAAUGGGCUCAUUCCUUUGAGCAAUAUUUUGUUCCCAGUGCCAUACAGCCAAAGCAAAGGCCAAGAUCUCAAGUAUGAUGCCAUGCAUUGCCUCUUCGCCAACGGGAUCUUGAGUGUGGAGUUAGAUGCGACGAUGACUGUUUUGAAUGCCCGGGGACUGGCCUAUGAGGUGCUGCGGCAAACUGCUGCCACAGGUUAUCAUUUCCGAGGCGAUGUCUCAGCCAGCCGCUUGCGUGCUGCAUUGACUCCUGGCAGAGAAAAGACUUGUCAUGGUGGAUGGAAAGGCUUCGCUGCGGAAACAUUGGAGGUUUUGGCUUUUUGCGUCAUGUUGGUUUCCAAGCAUUCCCUUGAAGGGUUGGAAGAGACCGAGCGCUGGAUCAUCGAAUCUCUGCGCGCAGGAUGGCAGGUGGCAUCUGCUAGUUUUGCUAGCAAAUACUUGUACGAGGGUUUAUCGCCCGAUGCUGCUGCAUCCGCUUUCCAAACAGCAUUUGAAAAAUUCAUGACAGCGCACACGCGUGCGCACAAAGAUGCCCUCUUGUUGCCAAAACAUCACUAUUCUUGCCAUUUGCCAGGACAAGUUCUCCGUGAUGGCUAUCUCUUGGAUGCAUGGUCCUUGGAACGAAAAAGCAAGGCAGCAAAAGCUAUCGCUACCGAACUGACUGUGACCGGAAGUUUUUGCAAGCAAAUCAUGGUGCGGUUGCUUUGCGCCCAAAUGUUUACAGACAAGCUUGCGAUGGGCGCGUUGGAAGCUCCUCAACAGUUGGACUCAAUGAUUGUCAAGGGUAGUGGCAUUAGAACCAAGUUUGGCACCAUCUCCAAAGGGGAAUGUUGGUUGCAUGGCACUUUUGCUUUCAUUCUGGAAGCAGUGUAUCGCAUCGGGAACAGAUGCGACUUGCACGUGCAUGUGUUUCGAAAAGUUGGCAUUCACGAAUCAUUGAUUUUAUCUGACUUCCAAGAAACCGGAAGAAUUCCCAUGCCAGACCAUAUGCGCGAGGCAACUGGUUGGCUGCGCGAUUCACCAACGCGCCUUAUGGUUCUCGACCCUUUCUCAUGCUUGACACUGCGUGCCUGA